GGAAGUUCUCUGCGCUGAUUCUAGCUGUUUUUAUCAGUGUUGCCAUCAUGGGAUGAUUCAAUCUUUUUACCAAGCGUUUGAUUAUGCAGGCAUGAAGAAAUCUCAGUAAAGAUUGCUUCCGCCCAGCUGCAUUCCUGAAUUUUAGGUGAGCUAACCACCUGUAUAGACCAACUAGACCUAUACCUAUGUAGUUGUUAAGUUUGAGAAACUUAAGAUAAUCGAGGGGUACAGUAUGUUGCUCAGUAUCCCGGGCGGACGGUACUAGUAUCCGGACACUUAAAACUCAAUUUUUGAGGCGCCCUUUUCAGUUCUCUAUGAAAGCUGAACAUUUCAGCUUUAGCAUGAAAGUUAUGGUGAGUUUAAAUCUUGCGAAACAGUCGCAGAAGACGCCGUUCUGUUCAGGUGUCAGUAAACUUUUCAUGGCUAAUAUUUUCGCUGUUUACUGGGCAGUAAAAUUAGUGCUGCUCAGAAAAGGGUAGGUAAUAUGUGAUAUUUUCAAAGAAACUGUUUUAUAUUUAAAGUGAAGAUACGUAAAGAAGUCAGGUUCUGAGAAAUUUAUUAAUUCUUCUUGAAAUUUGAUUUGUUUGGAAUAACGGGGGCCAGAAACAUUCACUUUAUAAGUAUUAAUUUCAUGUGCCAAAGUAUCCGGACAGUUGUUUGUUUGCUGUACAGAAUCUAUGAAUUAGCCGUGUACAUUAUCCGGAUAAGAUUUAUUUCAUAUCUAUAACUAUAAUUAAAGCUUAGGAUAUAUGAUAUAGACGUAAAAUGUAAUUCUACUCAACUCCGUAUGGAAAAUUUCUUCACUCAUCCAGAGGGGACUUGACUUCGUGUGCACGGCUUGUUUCGCGUGACUGCAUUUUCUAUAUGUAACCGAAAGCUCGAGAAAGCGUCGGACUUGAACCUGGAAUUGUCAUACUUUCCCCAGUUGUGACUGCUAGAAUGGGGCUGCAACAGUCUGAAAAAUGUCACAAAGGGAUUAAGAGAUGUAAAAGAAGGAGGAAUUAGUGCUAGAAAAGUAGGCUCUUUGUGAGGACCGAGCAUGAAGAAAUUAACACUGCAGGUCAGACUAAAUGGGAGAGUGAUCUUUGACCGUCGGAUUGAGGCCCCUUCCCCAAGCUUUUUUUCUUUAAAUAAAAAGUGAAGAAAAACAGUCGUUUGCAGAUUGGCUAAUUGAGCUUGCAAACCGCGGCUUCGGCAUGUCCACGGAUGCCUUCCUUAAAUCACAGGAAAUCAGUGAAAAAUUUCUUAGACAAGGAAAUACGAAUUAUACCAUUUAACAGCCGCUCGCGUUCCCCACCAUACCCCAGUCAUUUGUUAUAUUACACGAUGCUAGGGUAUAUUUUUAGAAUCCAUCGUCAGACUACUUUGCAAGUUCAAGAGAAGCUUUUAAGUCGCUUGCCUGUCGAAAUUUAUGUAUAAUUUCGUUGUUAUUGUUGUGUCCGGAUACUGGGUCAGCUGUCUGGAUACUGGACAACAUAGGAGCUCUGCAAAAAUAUUAAUUUCCCAAUGGAACAAAGGCAAAAAACUGUCUUUCGUCAUAUUAAGGACUAAAUAGAUUUUCUCUGGGCAAAUUUUAGAGCUCUUGCGACUAACAAAGGAAAGUUAUUGCGAUGUUGAACUGAAGUGUCCGGAUACUGGGAAACAUACUGUAAUCUUGUCAGUAUCCAAGGGCAUCUUGAUUAAGAUACCCGUGGCCGCUUGUAGGAACGCUUUUAAGAACGAAGUAUAAUCAUAAUAGUUCAUUUCAGUUGUUUAACGAGAUGCAAGUAAGUGGCAGGGUAUUGUGGAAGAAUCUACUGCACAAAAUUGCUGCCGAAAUUAAAAUUAGUGUCGAACUUUAACCAGGGAUCUUCUUUGAAACGGUCACUUGGACUUUCUAAGAUCUCCUACAACUGAUUGUACUAUAAUGAUCUGUGUAUUAAAGAACCACAUGUCAAAAGAACGAUAGGCCAAUGCAAUAGCGAGUUAUUUUUCAGGCUCGUACUUCUCUAAUCAAAAUAAAUCUGAAUGCUCUGAUUGGUCAUUGCGUUGAAAAGCCCAAAUUUUGAAUUUUAGAAAAUGAAUUAAUAAAGAUACCUUGAGGACCCUUGAGAGUCGUCAUUCUAACAACAUUUUAUUUUGUCUAUCGCUUUGAUACAUGUAUGUUAAAAAAUAUAACAUCCUGUAUAUUUUUUCGGUUAUAAGGCUCCCUCGGUUAUAAGACACACCCCAAACUUUUCAACGCAAUUUUUCUAAGGUAACAAGCUGAAAAUUAAGCCAAAAUACCCAGCUAUAUGGCACAGCUGCUAUUUUUGGCGAUGUUCAUCUCAACUACAACAAAACGCUUUCCAACGACGCUGAUUACAGCCAUUCACCUAUGUGAAACAUAGGCACGUUUUACGUGCAUGAGCUAUUUUAAAUGCUUCGGUGCAACAGUAUCGGCAAUCUACAGUCUUAAUCCUAAAUUAAGAGGCCCUGUUAGGGGGUGCCCAUGUCCUCCGUCUGAAUUUCACAGCCAGCUAUGUCGCAAUUUCGGAACAUUCUCGUGUCACCUGUCGGAAUUUGUAUGUGUAAUCAGAUGGUGACGAGUGAAAUUAGUAUAUCAUUUGAUUACCUAUUAAUAUCAUGGAUGACGAAUUACCUUAGCAACCGAGGAUUUUUGACUUGUUUAUUCUGGAUCGUAUCGAUUGAUCGUGAACUCCACUAUCUCAAACGUUUAGAGCUGAAAUUUGGCGUAAGUUUUCAGAAUUUUUCGACAACAUACCUCUAAGAAUCCUUCUUGAUCUGCUCUUUCGUGUGUUCAGGUUUUCUAAAGCGUCUUUUUAUGCCCUGACAUCUUCAUUCAUGACAUUUUAAAACUUCCUCGCCAUCUUGAAACGGAGACGUACGGCAGGUUGCCAUGGCAAUUUAGUAAUUUCACGUGUGAAAUUACAAAUUAACGCUGAAAUUUCGCGCCAAAAUUAAAGAGUAAUUCGUCACCUAUGAUAUUACAAUAAUAAUUUUUUAGCUCGUUGCCAGUCUGACAAUCCGCAUUCGCUGCAACGACCCCAACGGAACAUACGGCCUCUAUCCUUAGUACUUUUAAGCCUAGGGUUUUAAUACCUUUACAAAUGUUUGAUAUUCAUUCAGACUACUUGGAAUAGUAAUUGAAGUCAAUAAAAUUCCAUUUAGUAAACUAUACAAGUGUAGAGAUAUAUUUAAAAUGGCUUGGCGUGAAUCGAGGCCUAAUCUGGCAAAACGCUCGAGCUAUAAUAACGUUUCUAAAAUUCUAGUAGUGCAAGAGUCUAAUGUUUCUUCCGAUUAACGUUAACUCUGAUUUAGUUGUCAGACUGUGCUUUUCCGUAACUAUAACAAAGCAGGAGGAAGGACAUUAUCAACCAUUCAUUAUCUGUAAGGCAUGCGUUUACAAGAAGUCUGUGAAAAAUAGUAAAAAUGAACUAAAGGUCCAGACGAUUUGGGCGGAUGACAGUUCUCCCGGAUGUUGAGCGAAGUGGCAUUCCUCCAAAGACGACGUCUGCUGGGUUUUUCUCAUCAUCAGAGUCGAGGCCGCUGUCCUCUUCACCGCCUUCUUUGUCUGGCAAAAGGUCUUCCACGUCAUUUUGGUAUCGAAGAAAUGUCUCGUAAGAUAGCUCCGUCAAUUUCAUAGAAUCGUACCCUUUUUCAAAAUGCUCUUCCCCCACUUUAUUGACGAUAGCAUCUGGGUGGAUUCGUACGCUUUCAUUCAAAGUAAACAGCAGACAGUCUUCAAAUGAAGAAACAAACAACUCAAUAUCACACCAAGAAUUCUCUUCCUUGUCGGUGACAUCAGCUACGACAAUUCCAACAAAGAAGGGUCCCCUGUUCGGGUAUCCACGUAUGUGGUCGCGCUUGACGACCACAACACUAUUAGCCUCAAAUAUAAUGGCUUCUCUGCCAGCUUCCUGCUCAAUCUCCGUGACCACCGUUUCUCUAGCUGUGAGGUCGUCUGUGGUGGAAAAAUCUAAUGGUCUUGGAGGCUGAUCUGGUGUUGUGUAUGCGAACACUGGAAGUGUACCUACAUUGUCCUUGGUACUUUGAUUUCGAACGCUAAAGAUUUUUCUCUCACUAGCCACAUGUUUUAGAUAACUGGAAAUAAUACAAGAGGAGUGACCUAAGGCUUGUAACAUCCCACUAAUUUUCACGCGUGCGAGUGCCGGCAAUCUAUAAAUGACCAUUUAAUAUGAAGAUUUGACUCACCUGGUCGCUCUCUUCUUUCUAACUUGUCUUGCUUUUCUCGCUUUUUCUUUCCCUUUUUGUGUUUUUUGUGUUUUCCCAUGCCGUUGAUGCCGUGAACGACACUCCGACGACUCGCUAAUGACUCUGAUAGUGAUGUAUUUCAAUAACUCGCUUACCAUUUGGAACACCGAGAUGAACGCGAUCGAUAAAGAAAAAAAAUCUCUUUGACAGAUUGAUGGAGCGCACACGUGGGUCAUGCAAGGAGGAGAACAUGAUACGCAAAGCAGCACGGAAAAGUCCUCAAAGGGAGUGAUGCACUGAACACGUCAAUCAAAUGAAAUGAACAAUCAAAACAGCAGUAAAAUGAGACGUAUUUCUGUUUGCCUUUAUUGGACCCUUAUUAGCCAUUAUUAGCCAUUAUUGAUCAUUAUUUAGUAAUUUCUACUGAAUAGUGUACGCGCAAAUGUUCUGCAGGACAUUCUCAAUUCUCAAAUUCGCUGUCGGUCUGUCUUGACAUUGGUGUCGCUUUCGCUAAUUCGUUGCAAUAGUCUGUCGGUCGUCGCCAGUUCGUGGCUCUCAUGUCGCCGGUUCAAGGCCAUGUCGCUUAUCAGAAUUUACCCCUAACAGGGCCUCAAUUAAGGCUAUGUUUUGUGCGAAAUUGGGUAUUGCUGUACGUUAAUGAAACAAGAACCUCAGCGCAAGCUGACUCGAUCUGAAAAAUUCACUCUUCUUUGUCUUUCCUUCAGACAUCUGGUGCAAAAUAAACAAAUUGUUGAAGUGCUAUGAAUAUCAACUCACCAAACGCUGCUUAGAGGGAAGACUCGAAGGUUUCAAGGUUCUUCAUGGUUUCUUAAAAUAAUGAAGGUCGUCGAAUACCGAAUAGCUAAGAUUUUCAUCAUUGUUGUAUACGUAGAUGGUUGCGUCAUCAUUAUUCACGAGGUUAUCCCGUGCGAUUCGUAAUGAAACAGUCUUUAACUCUGACCACUUAAUUCUAAUAGUGUUAUGAGUUUCUGCCUCUUAAAAGAAAAUAGCCUUUGGUUAGGCACUAGUUACAAAACUAAAGAUGUCUUCAUAAGUUGAGUUUACUAUUAUUACUGUGAAAAGCCAGCAUGAGAUGUCGAAUCACACAGUUUGCACGGGAAAUUGUCGGACUUUGCCCCUUUCGUGGUUCAUACGUGAGGGAGUUCGAGUUAUUACCCUUAUUGGCUCUUGCAACAAACAUCCGAACGUACAAAGCCACAAAGAUACAUACGCUCACACCACUGACAUAUGAGCUAUUUUUUCAAAAUAGCUCAACAAAAGGGAAAAAAGUUAUGUAAUAUUUCAAUCAAAGAGGAAAAAAUCACACCUAUCAACGCAAAAGUAUCGUUUUUUAAAGCUUUGAAUACUUAGGGAAUCCGUUUUGUUCCAUAAACCAGUCAGCUGUCUUGGUUGCGGCAUAUAAUAUUGACAUCGGUACAUUCAUUGGUAUUAUCAAGAUAAAAUAGAUCGCGGAAUACAUGAGCCUGAAUAUUGUGUUAAUUAACCGCCAAAUCUGGUAAAGGUAAGCUCUUGUUUAUCAAAAUAACUGUGAUAAAAGAGCUAUCACAGUUCUAUCAACAGAUUUGGAAGCUUUCUUAGUCAAGUAGAGGUCUGAAGCAGUGUAGAAAUGACUGUAAACAAACGGCCAUCUUAGGUCAAGCACAUGCUCAAAAGUUUGCCUGGUUACCAAGCAUAAUCAUUGAAGGUCAAAUGAACCAAAAAUUCGACAUUUUUCAUUUUAGUUCAAUUCUAGUGAAAUGUGUUUAGUAUGAACCAAAUAAACAUACUAUGAAGUUUCAGCUCAAUUGAAGCAAGUAUCUCCGAGAUAUUCGCAAUUAAAAAUUGCUGUUUUUUCAUCUUCGUAGAGCGGUCGCAAAAAUUGUCGGAAAAAACAGCUUAUGACGUCAAUGUUGGUCAGGUGAAAAAAAGCGGGAAAUUCAAAACAGAGUUUUUCGAGUCGACUUGGAGCAGAAGUGGUUUGUGCGGCCAUAAACCUGGAAAGAACAGGCAAUUUGUCUUCAAAAGUUGAAAGCUGUGGUUAUAACCUUCUUAUUAUUUAUAUUUUCUCGAAGAAUACAUCAUAGUAAAACGGACUUUAACGACAUUUACUAAUUUCCUUGAGUUGUAUUGGAAAUGUGCGUGCGUAAGUCCGAUUUUUUUCAAGAUGCAUUCACAAAAUGUGUUCAUAUAAGGAAGUUCCUGGAUAUAUAAGGUCCGGAGCUCCACCGUGGACACAAAAACAAAAUAUCUUUGUAUAAUAAUCUGCCCAAAGAAAUUCAAGUUUGCCCACAAUGUGUUUGAAGUCACUGAACUUUGUCGCACUCGAGCUGAUAUUUUAAAACCCACGCUCGAUCGGACACUUCUAGCUUCGCAGAUCACUAAAAUAUAAACAAAAUCCUCAAUGUAGAAGUUUUGGCGUUGAUAUGUGGGCAGAAAAAGAGUUAAUCUUUAUCGAGUAAAUCUUCGCCAAGAUCGGUUUCAAAGCAACCAUAGUUUUUUAAACUUGAUCUUUUCGCGCAAAUUAAUUUUGUUUUGUGUUGUCAAGUUGAACAUGCAUAACAACUGUUGAAAGCCUACGCGUAAGUAAGAUCUCCUUCAAGCAAAGUUAAAGUUACAUUAUUGCAAAAACUUCUUUCCAAUUAUGUAUAAGAUUUAAUUACCGAUUGAGGUCACUUUAAGGACCCUAGAGGCCACUUUAAGCUGGCAAAGAGAUGCGUCAAGCAAAGAACAGUUUUAUCAUGCAUAAAAUUCAGCUUAAGUGAACUAAAAAAAGCUUCAAUAAGGUUGCAAAACAACGAAUUUUCAUUAAAAUCUUAUACCUGAUGACAAAGAAGUAGUGAUUUUUCUGUACGGAAACAACUUACCUAAAGAUCUUAAAAGAAAAAGAUCAGUUGCAAGCGUCGCAGCCAAGCCAUGAUUCCGACUACUUAGCUAGCUUAGCUACUUUUUUUUAGUAAUAACUGGUCCAUGCGAGGGUCUUCAUUCAAGCAAAUUAAACUCAGCGAACUGAAUCAUUAGAAAAUACAGAAAAUUGCACACAAGGAUUUGUUUUGCUCGCUUCAGUCAAAUCCAGCUCCAGCAAUUGUUUACGGGCAAAGAGUCGAUUGUUUUGGAGUCACUGCCGGUAGUUGUCGUUCUCCGCUACUUAGAGCGUGAGAAAGGAAAAUUUGCUUACAGAAAGAGAACAAAACUAUGUAAUUAAAACUGAAAAAACUACAGGAAAAAAACUCCGACUAUUAUUACUUGAGCAACAGAAAAAUGAUCAAAGUAGUCGUUUCUUCUCGAGUAAGCUUGCUGGCCUUUUAAAGUUCCGGGGAAGUUUUAAGCGCUCAAGUUUGUUCAAGCGUUAGCAUUACGGUUCUUUGACAUAAGACAAGGAUAAAGCUGGUUCUGCAACGGUAAAUAAAUCUGGGCAUUUAAAAAAACUAACCGUAGCUACUAAUAACAGAAUACAAGCGGGUUUUAAUUCAGUCCGACGAAAGAAGGCGAAGCACUGGACACAAAAUCAAUUCAUAAAUGCACAAUUAUCAGAAAAAUACAAACCUCUUUGGAAAUGUUCAAAACGUUUUAUUCCUCUUCAGACUGACGGAUGAUCUUUUUUACUCUAACAUUGGUUGUUCUGAAUCCAAAGUAAUUUUCAAGUGACGAAAAAACAACAACAACAACAAAAACCAAAAAAGCCUUUACAAGGAGCGAGAACAGAACAGAACUCUCACAGAACGCGACAAACAAACGCAGGCGAUAAUUGCAGGCGAUAAGGGAUGCGCAGAAGCUUGCGCAGAACGUUUUGCCGCCCUGAAAGACCAACAUUGACGUCACGUAGUCUCCAGUCUAUCACGCGGCCAUUUCAGAAACGUUUUCGUGAAGUUUUCGGAAAUGCUAGGAUUUUGAUCUUUUAUCUUUCUAUAAAGGCUUGGGAAGAAAAAUCUUUACCCAAAUCUUACUUAGGAUGGUUCUUUUUAGUGUUUGGUGAAGGUAAAGCGACUAAAGAAAAUAUGUCAAUUUUUUGGUUCAUUUGACCUUUAAGUUCAAAAUAAUCAAUGGCAGAUGAUUUGUUUUAAAUGCAAGAUGAUUCGUUCAUUUUUUAAUACAGCCUUAAGAAGGUACUGUAGAAGUCAUUGAAAACCGAUAAGAAAGAAGAGGAAUGAGCAGCUAGAGCUUUUAGAGUGAAAAAUUUGACUCAAUUUUGUUUUGUUGCCCGAAGAUACUCGGUUAUAAGCAACCUCGCCUGGGAACGAGGUUGGGUUAUAAGACGCACCCCGAAAUGACUAUAGAAUUAGAGCUAUCAAGCAAACUUUGAAUGAAAAAAUGCUGCGCCUUACAUGUAUAACCGAAAAAAUACGGUAACUACCCUGUAAAAUUUAGAGGAUUUCUAUGCACCAAAACCGAGGAAGUUAAACUGAUAUAAAACAAUUACAUGAAAUUAGCACAGUGAUACAUCAAUUGGUGACCUUGUGAAAUACAUUGGAUCAUGUAUCUUACGGGAGGUGUUGAUCAAAGUAUCAGCCUAUAUCUCAGCUGACUGUCGAUAUGUUGGCGACAGUCUUCGCCUACAGUCUAUCGGUCAAUAGUUCGCUGAUAGCCGACCAAUACUUUGCCGAUGGAUCACCAACAGGUGAUAACCGAAAAGCUUGUAAAUCACUCCCCUUCGGCUUGUGAUUUACCACAGGCGACCCAAACUCACGUUACGAGGGAAGGGUGUAACCAUAGGUGACGCGCCGGUGUCGCGUUACAGGCGACCGUUGAAAAUAUAAGAGACUUUGUUUGAGAUAUAUAUUACUGACAUCUGCGAACGCUAAAUAACGCUAAACUUUACUUUUUCUUAAAUGAAAUGAAUAAAAAAGACUUACCUGCAAUGUAUUCCACUGCGUUUUGGUGUCUGUUUGUUGUUUUACUGUUUUUUUUUUUUUGGCUUUAUUGCGUAACCACUGUUACUCCUUUCACAAAACGAAGUGAAGGCUGGUCACUUCGAUCUGUCGGGGUCCUGGACCAGUCUAGCCUGCGUAGCAAGCGUUUCCGUUUGGUUUCGGAGCAAAGAAAGUGGGGGGAGGGGGAGGGGAAGGAAGGAAAUGCUUGCGGACAAACCCCUUGAUUUUGAAAACCUGCGUUCGCCAGCGGACGACAUGACAUGUGUCGAUUAAAGGCUUGUUUCAUACUGAGAGAACGGUAUGGUACGUGACACGCAUAUUAAUUUUCAGUGGUUGUUGUUUAUUCUGGUCGGCAAGAUUUGCCCUCCAAUGCAAGAGCAUUUUCUUUGACCUCUUUUGAAACGUGAGGUUAAUGUUCUUCUUGCGACUAAAUAAGGGUUUCAGGUCGUUUAAUUUAUUCUCCAAAGUGCCUCCUGGACCUGAAUAACUAAAAGCGAUAUUCUUCUGUCCGCGAAUGCGAUGGUUUCCUGCAAUGUGUCAUGCUGGGCCCAGCUUGUUAGUGUAUUUUUGAGGGAUGUUGAAUUCUCUCAGAUGGUGAUUUACAGACUGUUCUGUUAGACGGAUUAAAAGGACAAAUAUCCAAAGCCUGUAUUGGUGGUUCGGAUUCAUCGACAUUCAACAUAAACGCUGUCCACGUGUUACAAAUACAAAAAUAAAUAUAUUUUGGGUUUACAUACGCGUCCUCUGAGGUUCAUUUCCGCUUCAAUGAAAGCCAAACAUUUUAUUGGUCAAUUAUGACAACUGAUGACAGCGUCAAAUGUCGGUGCGCGAACUCAGGCAUGAAGGGCAAGUGGGCGGUUUUCAAAAUCCCGGGGUUUGUCUGCAAGCGUUUCCUUCCUUUCUUUCCCCACCGCCACCCCCUCCCCGCUCUUUCACUU